UUCGAAACCAAACUCCACACCCGAGACCGCCACAACCAUGGCUGGCAACAGCAAUCAAGAUGAUCCCGAGCUAGCAAAUCUUCAAUCAAGCUUCGACGAGCAGCAGGCUAAAAUAAGUGCGCUGCGUGAAAUCAUCCGCCAAACGGAGGUAGUGAACGAUAUGAAGCAUGCGACGGCACAAGAGAAAGUGAAAAAUAUCGCCCAACGGUUAACACACUUCAAAACGAAGGUUACCAACUCCCGGCUAAAUCGUGCGAGCAGUAUCAGUUCCUCCUCCCAAUCGCUAGCCACCAUCGAUCAGGGUGUGCCGUUGAAGGGUACUACCGCCGAAGGGCGACCCGAUCCGCGCAGUCCCCUAUUUCCGCGCGGACGCUCCGAAUCGUCCGGGAUGGAAAAAUGUUCCCUGCUGCGGCAGCAGAUCGAACAGAACCGCCUGAAGAUGGCGGAGCGCGAAUCGAGCCAGCGGGAAAUUGAGGAGAAGGUUAUCGAAAUCAAGCACAAGCUUGAAGCGACCCAGCAAACGCUGGGAAGGUCCGGUGAGCUGGACCGUUCGAGUACCACCUGCCUGCCGGAGCUUGUGCCACCGUACGAGCUGGCGGACGGUUUGCGCCGUUCGGUAAGCCACUCGUUUCUGGAUUCUGGUCCGUCGCACGAGUCACGGUCGACACCGGUACAGGCGGUGCGUGACAGCGAGGAACAGUUUAAUGACGAGUUGACGCAAUUCGAGGACAGUGUGCGGCAGGCACGGACGAAGCGCAAGAGCGACGAAAUGCUAGAACGUAGGAUAACGACGCUGGAGGACGAUUUGCACGAAAAGGAGCGAAUUAUUGACGAACAGCUGCGUGCACUGUCGCUGCUGGUUAAGGGUUUGCUCGAGGAAGACAACAAAUCGGAUCUCGAGUUGGUAAAGGAAUUACACAACUUGCAGAUGAAAUUACUUCAGCAAAGCUACAGCAUUUCCAACGAUGAAGCAAUAUCGCGAUUAUUAGAAUCGUACGGGUACGAUCCUCUGGAAAAGGCCGUUGAGCGUAAAAAGACCCGUUCAGAUCCUACCCCAGAAGCACAGCUCGAAACGGACGACGCAAGGGCUGCACAGCUGCGCGAUGCAAUGGAAAAGAUUGUUUCGCUCGAGCAGGCGCUCGCCUCGCAGGACUUAGAAAUGGAGCGCCUGAACCAACAGAUGGCGGAUCUGCGCCAAUCGCUCGAGGAAAAAUCGAUCGAACUGAACGUCAUGACGGCAAACGUGUCGGUACUGCAGGAGAAGCUAAAAACGAGCGGACCCAAACCCCUAUUUCCUCGGUCUGCUGACGAGGAGCUUGAAUCGGAAACGAGCAAGCUCAAGCAGCAGCUGGACGAGUCAAACAAAAACAUGAUAAAAUGCAAGCUGAAGAUUAAGCAGCUGCAGAAGCAGGUUGACACACUCAAGCAGACCUCCAACGUGCACGAAGAGAUCGCAAAGCUGACGGAAGAAAAUACCGUCCUUGCACAACGGUUGGCUGAGGUAGAGGAACGCCAUACCGGCGAUGGUACAUCCGAUCGUACCAGUGCCACGAAGCAGGCCAUUCCAGAGCUGCAGAAGCGUAUCGAAAUGUUGGAACUGACGUGCCAACAUCAGGCCACCGCCAUGCAGCUGCUCGAAGAGCAGAAAAACGAUCUGAACGAAGAUCUAAACCGUACGCGGCACGAACUGCAAUCGCUUGCCGACCAUCCGGGCACGGUACCGAUCGUAGCGGAGGGCGACGGGGACGGUGAUAAUGGUCGAAUCGCCAGCCAGAUGCUAUCGAUCGAGCUGGAGGAAAAGCUGGAAAAGUGUCUCGCGGACAAGAGCGAACUAACGAUGGAGUUGCACAGCUGGGAAGCGGAAAAGGUGGAACUGCAGCAAAAGUUGAAUCGGUACGCGUCGGAAAACGCUGAACUGCUGGGACGGAUCGAUAAGCUUAGCCUGGAGAAGGUGAGCUCGGCUGAAUCGAUUGAAAUAUUGGAAAACUUAACGCAGCGCGAAAAGCAAGAGAUGGAAAACUCGGAAAAGCGUACCAAUGCGGAGGAAAGCGGUGGUAGUGGAGAAACAUUAGAGGAAACGGACGAAAAUGUGCCGAGUGCGCCGGGUAGCAAGGAAGACUUGAACGAAAGUUUGCUGAAGCUAAUGGAUGAAAGCAAGGAGCUUAUGGAUAAGGUGGAACUGUUUACGGACGAGCGGCGUGAAGUGUUUGAAAAGUUGGAUGCGAUCUCGAUGGAAAACCAGGCGUACCUGAGCGAGCUCGAUAAGCUAAAGGAGGCGAACGAGCAGCUGCGCACGUACAGUGGUGAGUUGGCAUCGGCCAAGUCCGAUCUGGAGGAUAGGUUGCGUAUUAUAAACGAGGAGAAGGAAAUCAUCCGUCUGGAGCUGGACACGGUCAGGGUACGCCGAACGGAAGGUGAGGAGUGUAGUACCGGUGCCGCAAGUCUGCCCAUCGCAGAUGAAGCAUUCGAUCAGGAAGCCUACCAACAGUCACUGCUGGCAGUGGAAACAGACAUUACCAACUACAACAAAAACAAGGACAAACAGAAAAAGAUGCAACUAGCAAAGAAACUUACACUGAGCGCGAAAAGUGUGGUGACGAUGAGCAGGCAGCUGCUGGAUGGGUACAGCCGGCAUCUGGAGGAGCGUUCGGACGAUAGGGAUCGCAGCGGGAUCAUCAGCACACUGGAAACAAAGCUCCAGGAAACGGUUAAAUGUCUUGAAAGUAAAGCGUCCCAGACGGCCCUCCUGCAGGAAGAGAUAGCGAUGCUAAAGCACGAGCUAGAGGUAGCGUGCGAGAAGAGUUCGGACGAUGAACCGGAAUUGCUAAAGGUCGAGCUGAACAGCAAGAACGAUGAGAUAUUGCUACUGAAGAAGGAUAUCGAUGCGCUAGUUGAUGCGAAAUCGUCCGAGUUGUUGCAGAUACAGCACCGACUACUCGAGGUGCAGCAGGAAAACCAUCAUCUCAAAACGUAUUCCGCCGAGCUGCAGUACCGUUUGGAACAGCAGACAGAAGCACACAAUCAGCAGUUGGAGCGUUUACAGGCGGAAGCGGCGAGCGAAAGUUUGGAAAGUGAGUUGCAGCACAAGCAGGAAACGAUCGAAACCCUAAAUGGACAGAUCAUUGACCUGUACCGAACGGUUGAAGAGCACCAGCUACAGGUGGAUGAGCUCCGGACGCAGAAAGAGCAGGUAGAGCACAAGAACGAGGAACUACUGGAAAAGUUGAAGAAGUUUGCGGCGAAUUUGAAAAAGAAAAACGUCCAGUUUGCUGAGCUAGAAAAGAGUAUGGAAGCGUUAAAGGAAUCGAGCCGGAAAGUUCAACAAGAUCUAGAAAAUCGGAUAAAAGAGUUCGAGUCGAAUCCUCCCACUGAUAAUGGGGGUGAAUUGCGGGAAGAAAACGAGCAAAUGGCUCAAAAGUUGUAUCAUCUCAACAACGAGCUACACCGGCUGCUAGAACAGAAGUAUCACAUGGAGUCGGAAGGUGAGAGCCAUCGGGAGGAGUUGCAAAAGUGUCACGAGCAACUCACCUCGUUAAGGGCAGAAUUGCAAUGCAAGGUUGACGCACUGCAGUCGCUAGAGCUGGAGCUGCAGACGUGCAGGGACGAAAUACAGACACUGCAAGCGGAUGUAGCUAGUAAAAAUGGCAAGAUUGAAAAAUGUAAAGCAAUUAUAAAGGAAAAGAUUAAGGAAGCGCAGCGCCUUCAGGAACGGGAACGGCGGGCCGCUUAUCUGGAGGACGAGCUGCGUAUGACCCAAAGCAAGCUGGAAGACUUCCACAACCAAACGUUGCUGUUGGGGCGUUUGAAGAGUGAAAAGGAAGAGCUUAAUGCGACUGUGCGGGCGGAACAUGAGCAGCGCAAGACGUUGGAGGAACAGCUGACGAUGCUGAAGGAUCGUGAUGUGAGUGUGAAGGAGCAGCUGAAGUAUGCCGAGCAGUGGAUACAGCGAUACUGUGAGAAGUGGCGCAAACGGCCGGACCAAAGCAUCUCCCUGAAGAGCCUGGAAGAUCUGUCGAUGGAUCUGCCGACUUCGGACGCGUUCAGCUGGCUGACGUUGCUAGCGGAGACGGACCAGUGUAUUACGCAACUGCUGGUACGACAGAUGGAAGUGGUCAGUACGCUGGAAAAUAGUUUACAGAAUGCGGAAAAGCACACCAAGUCCGCUGACAGUGAAGUAGAGCAUCUGCAAAAUCAACUGCAAUCAAUCACUACCGAGCUCAAUCAGUACUCCGAGUUUUGCAUGAAGAAGGACAGCCAAAUUGAGGAACUAAAAAAGAUACUAAACACAACCCAGAAGGAGCUCCAACAGGCAGCUGCGGAAAGUACACAGCGUUUGGAAUCUCAGAAAUCUGAGCUUACUGCUACCGUCGGAGAAAUCGAGCGUCUUAAGAUGGAGCUUGACGAGGUCCGUUCCAGUGUCGAUACUCUGCUACGGACGGUGCAAGAAAGGGAGCGUACGAUCGAGACGCUCAACCAGCAACUCUCGACCUUGCAAAAUCAACUACAGGAAGCGCUGACGAAUCAGGAGCAGCUUCAAGGAUCACAGCAGUCAGAACUGGCGGAUCUUCGUAGAUUGUUACAACAUGCAAACGAAGAACGUUCCACUAUAGAACAACGUCUAAACGAAGCAAACCAAGCCAAUGCAGAAUUGAGUGAAGAAAUUUCCUCCCUUCGGGACAACGCAGUAGCGCUGGAUCGCGAGCUAGCUGAAGAGAGACAGAAUAUUACCGCCCUAACUACAGCACAUCAAACGCUUCAUUCAACUAUAGCGAGCCUGCAAGAAUCUUUAUCUACAGUGCGCGAAGAUAAACAAAGUUUGGAAGAAAAGAUGGCCGAAUAUGAAAUGAUUCGUGUAGAGUUGGUGCAGGAAAAGCAACAAAAGGAACAGUUGAACGAGUUGCUGAAGCAGCGUGAUCAGGAAAUACAGCAACUGCGGGAGCUGCAAGACGAUGCCGGCCAACAUCAGUCGAUGGAGUUGAAUCAGCUGAAGCAACAACUGUACGAGGCGGAGCAGGUGCGCGCUGGCUGGGAAUCAACGCUGAAUCAGUACCGCACCCAGAACGAGGAGCAAACACACGAACUUGCGACCCUACGCGAGAAGCUAGCUUCACUCGAGCGGCAAACGCAGGAAGAUCAAACAAACAUCUCCAUCUUAACCUCACUCAACGGUGCUCUGAACGAUGAUUUAGACCUGCUGCAACAACAAACUGGUGAAACCGAACAACGCUACCAUUCACUGCUGGACGAGCUGAAUCAGAGCAAGAUGGCGCUGGAAGCGGCGGAACUUCAGCAACGAACCUUACAGCAGCAAACGGAACUGGCAGACGAACGAUACCGCACCCUGCAGGAUGAGUUCGAACAGCAGAAGUUGGCACUAGAGUCGGCAGAAAUGAGUCUAAUGCAGCAAGGCACCGAAAAGCAGCAACUCUCCGGGACGCUUCAAAGCAAGCAGCAAGAAUGCGAGAAACUUCACCAAGAGUGUGAACAGUUGCAGCGUUCGCUUGCUGAAGCAAAGUCUACCGCCACGGCGGUGGUAGUGGAGCAGCAGCCCGAUCCGAAACCCAAACCGGAAUACGAUCUCGGCAUGUGGGAUGAUGCGGAUGCUGGUUGGGGUACGGCCGAAACGGCACGGCUGGAGGAGUUGGUUCGCGAAAAGGACGGACAAAUCCAGCAGCUAGAAGCUGAGAAGGAGAUGAUGCAGCAAGAAAUUACCGACCUGAAGGUGAAGUCGGGCAAGCUGCUGCGCAAGGUGAAGGAGUGUAAGGUGAAGCUGGACGCAACGCAACGAACGGAACCAGAUGGUUCGGUGCAGGCCCAGGAAGCACUGGAGGCAAAGGUGCGUGAACUGCAGCGUGAGAAAGCGGCACAGGAGCAGAAGCUGGACACACUCGAGUCCGCGUGUGAGAAGCUAACGGAGGUGAAGGAAUUCCAGGACAGACAGAUUGAGCUGUUGCGCGAAUCGGCUAAUGCUUCCAAAGAGGUGGAUGAACUGCGUGCAAAGAUACAGCAGGUAACGGCGACUUUGCAGACACGCGAGUCCGAGAUUGAACACCUAAAGGCACGGUUAGAGCAGGUUAACGGGGAGGUGCAAUGUGUUGAGGUAUUGCGGGCAGAGUUGAGCGAAGUACAGCGCCACAAUGCGCAACUACAAUCAACUGCGAGUGCACGGGACCUGCCCAGCCAUGGUGAUUCUGCCCAUUCGCUGGAACUUCAGCUGGCCGAGCUGGAGCAUCAGAAUCGAUUGCUCGAGGAGGAAAAGUCCGAGAUGAAUCGAGAGCUGGAGAUGCUUAAUCAACAAAUUUUGCACGACCUUCAGUUCGAGGAUCGGUUAAACAAGGCACUACUUGAGCUGGAUGCGAAGGGUGUGGAGAUACAGAUGCUACGAUCGACGGUGGAUCAAUUGCAGCAAGGGCCUGCCCCGGAAGGGUCGGUCGUCGAAGUGUCUAAUGAAGCUCCUCCCGAUCUGCUCGCUCCACUAAAGACACGCAUCCAAGAGCUGGAACAGGAACGCACCGAACUGUUGGAAAAAUUGUCAGCAGGCUCUUCCGCGCAAUCGCAACCAAUCGCCCGUGUAGAUGAUGCCACCGUGCAGGAGGUACUCGAACGUCAAGAGCUAGAAAUUGUGACGCUCAAGGAACAGCUCGCACUGCGCAGUGCGGAGUACGCUCGGUUGGCGGCACGUGUCGAUCCGACGAAACUGUUCGCAUCGGGACUGAGCGGCAGUGAAACCAUUCCAAAGCCGGAACAACCACCGGCCGGUGAUCGUGUACCGCAGGCUGAACUGGAGCUUGCCCUCUACAUGAUCUACCAGCGCGAUAUGCGAUGUGAUGAACUGGAACUGGAACUGCGCAACUUACUGCAGGAGCGUGACACACUGCAGCUACGGCUGUCGAACGCGCUGCGAAUGCAUGAAGAGUUUAAGAUGCGUUUCGCUGGCACAAUCCCUGCAGAAAAUGAGUACGGCACCUCGGGCGAAUGUUCAAUCGAUGCAUCGCCUGACCGCUCGCUGACCGGUCUACCGGCAGACGAACGGCCCGUUUCGAGCCUUUCCAGCCCGCAGGAUCUUACCUCCAAACUGUCCGAGCUGCAAUCGAUCAGCUACUCGAAGGAGAAACGUUGGCAGGAAGAGCGCGAAGAGCGCAAUCGGCAGCUAACGCUGAUACAGCGCGAUCUUGCCAACAUGCCGGUGGAGGCCGCAGCGAAAAUAGCCGGCACGGACGUGACAGCCGACACAGAAGCAACCACACAGCAGAGCGCCUCAACAGUGCUGCUUAACUGGAUACUGGGAAAGAAGUAGUCGACACCGACCA